CCCUCUAGGUUUAGAGAAUAAUCAGAGAAUUACAGUUCAAAGUUCAGAAGAAUCGAUGGAUGAGUAAAGAAGAAUCAAAGUGGAUAUGACGUGGAUUACAGAGGGCAGACGAUGAAAGCCAUCAUAAAGUUGGUGCAGAAGUUCGUUUCUUUGUGGGUAUUCUCCAUUGGAUCCUCUAAUUUGAUGCCACCGCAAGAAAUGGAGCAGCAAUUGCUUGUCGUCCAGCCGGUUGAGUCUGAUAACGAAGACGAACGAGAUGAGAGAGCAUACGAUUCCAACGAGAAGAUCCACAUAAUCGGCGUUGAUGAAGGUACUUACGCAGGGGAUGAUGAUGAGAAGACGCCGCCGUUCUCGUGGAGAAAGCUCUGGCUUUUUACCGGACCUGGGUUUCUAAUGAGCAUAGGUUUUCUCGAUCCAGGAAAUCUCGAGGGAGAUCUUCAGUCAGGUGCGGUUGCUGGGUAUUCUUUAUUAUGGUUGCUUCUUUGGGCUACUGCUAUGGGUCUCCUCGUACAGCUUCUCGCCGCUCGUCUCGGAGUCGCUACUGGUCGGCACUUGGCGGAACUCUGCCGCGAGGAGUACCCUACAUGGGCGAGGAUGACCCUUUGGAUUAUGGCGGAACUGGCCCUUAUAGGUGCUGAUAUUCAGGAAGUGAUUGGAAGUGCAAUUGCUAUAAAGAUUCUUAGUAAUGGAUUCGUCCCUCUUUGGGCUGGAGUUGUCAUAACUGCUUGCGAUUGCUUCAUAUUUCUCCUUCUGGAGAAUUACGGGGUAAGAAAGUUAGAAGCGGUUUUCGCAGUUCUUAUCGCGACAAUGGCAGUUUCAUUUGCGUGGAUGUUUGGCGAGACGAAGCCCGAUGGGAAAAAGCUUAUGCUUGGUAUUUUGAUUCCAAAGCUAAGUUCAAGAACAAUCCAACAGGCUGUGGGUGUGGUUGGUUGCAUUAUUAUGCCUCACAAUGUUUUCUUACAUUCGGCCCUAGUUCAAUCAAGAGAUGUCAAUAAGAAAAAAGUUGGCCGGGUUAGGGAAGCCCUAAAAUACUUUUCAAUCGAAUCAACCAUUGCCCUUUUAAUCUCGUUCUUAAUUAAUCUUUUUGUAACUGCCGUUUUCGCCAAGGCAUUUUUUGGUACGGAUAUAGCGGAUAGUAUUGGUCUUAUAAACGCGGGUCAGUAUCUUCAAGAGAAGUAUGGGAGAGGAGUUAUUCCUAUACUUUACAUUUGGGGUGUCGGUUUAUUAGCUGCCGGUCAGAGUAGCACAAUUACUGGUACUUAUGCCGGGCAGUUUAUUAUGGGAGGGUUUCUUAAUUUGCGGGUGAAGAAAUGGAUUAGGGCUUUGAUAACAAGAAGUUUCGCCAUUAUUCCAACUAUGAUCGUUGCUCUCAUUUUCAAUAGUUCCGAAGAUAUGCUUGAUGUUUUAAACGAGUGGCUUAAUGUACUCCAAUCUGUUCAAAUCCCUUUCGCGCUUAUUCCUUUACUUUGUUUGGUUUCAAAAGAGGAACUUAUGGGCGUCUUUAAAAUUGGUCCCCUCCUUAAGGUAGCUUCAUGGAUGGUGGCUGCACUUGUUAUCGCGAUAAAUGGCUACCUUUUGCAGGCAUUCGUGGCUUCUGAGAUAACCGGUUUGUUUUAUAGCUUCUUAACGGGCAUUUUGGCAGUUGGGUACAUUGGGUUUAUAGUAUACCUUAUAGUACGCGAAAUUGCAUUUCCGAAUUUCUUGAAAAAGAGGUCUAUCAUCGUGGUGAACUGAAUUUCCAUUUGGUAUUAUGAUUAUUUACUGUUUUUUUUUUCUAACUUAGGCAAGUUUGACAUAUUAUAAAGUCUUGUAUUGUAUAUAUAUUGAAUGGGGGAUGUUUGGGAAGUUAUUAGAAUAGGCAAUGCAAUCUCUAAGUUAGUCUCUGUAUGACCCGAGAAAUGUUACCUUAUUUUAGUCGUUGCAGCUUGUUGUAUUAUUCGAUUUUGAUGUACUCUUAUGUGCCUAUUAUAUAUAAAAAUGGGACUCAUUUAGUUUAUGUCAAUAUG